CACAUUUAGUACCCAGUUGACAUUCCGCGAGCAUAGCCGUCGUGAGCUUAUCAUAAACACAGGCGCUUUUUAUACGCGUUUGGGAAUAUUGCUGCGGUUCAAUAUACCUGUAUUAUUAGCGGCUACAAUAUAACGAUUAUAAAUCAAUUUAUUUUCGUGGUGUUUGAUGUUUAUUUGCUGUGGCUAAAAAACCGUUCAUUGUUCGGCAACACAUACUCACAUACUCGUACAUAUGUACCUGUUUCAUACACAGAACUAACGUUAACAAAAAUAAGUAAAAAGUGUUGGAAGCACCGUAAACAAAACAUACAACAGUAAAAAUCUCAGCGUUCGCAAUGCCACAAAGGUCUACAAACUGGAGUUUCACCCGAAAUGGAUUUACAAAUAGAAAGCUGCAGCGCCAUCUACCGACUUUACCAGAUUGCUUGUUGCCAGCUGAUAACGAAUACAGCAACAAAACGAAAAGCAGCUGGCUACGUCAAAAGAUGGAAACCGAGAAGGAGGAAGCCAGAAAUUUGCAGGUUGAGUUCGAAUGGGUGCUCCGCGAGGAAGUACAUGCGAUAUUAAAACAAUUGAGGAAGAUACUGGUCGAGUGUGCUCAUCUCUUUCCAGUGCCGUUGUAUGCCAAUGAGGGCAAAAAGACUGAAAAAUAUAUUAUGAAUGUAGCGCCAGAAAAACUUCGUGCCAUUGUUACGCUUACAGGUGAUAGCAUCACCCAUGCUGAUAUAAGUUUUAAACUUGCGCGUCCACCUCAUCAACAGCAGAAAACCUGUAUUAAUCAAGACUCGCCAUGGAAGUUGCAGCAAGUGCAGGAUGCAGCCAAUCAUCUGCAGCAAGCAAUUAACCACAUUGAUGAUGUUGAUGCCACCUACCAUUUCAAAACGUCUGACGAAGUAAUGAACGUGGUAGGUAACAUACUGGAGGCGUUGCAACGUGCCCGCACCAGUUUAGUGAUACCUAAAAAGAAACCUAUCGCAGAUCUGAUUAAAAGUCGCAAUAUGAAAUCGCUUGCUCCCAACUUAUCCGAAGAUUUAGCAGUCAGUUUUUAUCUGCAAAGUCACAAACUGAUUAUGGCCGUUUAUCAACUAAUUACUGUACAGGGUACAAUGCGCUUUGACUCAUGCCAGGCAGAGACGACUGUGCAAUGGCUAAACGACGUGCUGCCAAUGCUUUGUGCCGGUCUUAAACUCUGCCAACAACUUAAAGACAAGAUAUCUGUUUUCUCGGUAUAUAAGGAUUUUACUGUUGAGUCGCGUUCACCAUCGGCGCUUUCCUAUUGACACACAUUGUUGUCAUAUUUGAAAUGUUAAAAUAACACGCGAUAGAAGCAGAGCAUUGAUCGGAUUUAGCAAUUUAUUUGAAUUUGAUUUGCUAUUAUCUGUUUGUACGAAAAUGUUCGAAUAUUUUAACGCAUUUAUUUUAUGCAAUUACGUACACUGGAACACAAAGAAGAAUCAAGAAGCACACAAAAUUACACAAAGUGCCUAAAAUAUAUUCGUACUUAUGUAUGCAUAUAAGUCACUGUUUUUUAAAGUUAACCAAAUGUGACAUUUAACAUAUAAAAAUGUAUUGAUCCUGGCAUUGCUAGCUUAAUUUAGUUAUACUAAUCAAAUUUUAUACAUACAUACAUCCGUAUACUAAAUUGAUAAAUUUAGUUUUAUUUGUUUUAAUUAGUUGAUUACUUUUUUAGCAUAAUCCUAAAUUUAGUUAAUAUUAUUUAAUAUUGCAUUACUAUAGAUACCGUGACAGUACUUACAAUUUACUCGCCGUCUAAAGUUGUGGUCAUUAAGAAAAUAAUAUAUUAUAAUAUAGAUGUUACAACAGCAAAUAAUGUCUGUUUUGCUUGAAAAGCAGCAAGUAAGAAGUAUAAUAAAGUUGCCUUUAUAUUCUGCCUUAAUUGUGAGUGAACUAUAUUUCGUAGAAAUAAUUUAUAAAAUUAUGUAUUAGUACGGAUACGAACUGUAAACACUAUUAUAGUGAAAGUAUUAUAAAUAAAAAAGCAAUUUAAGAACAAA